AAUAACGACAACGUUAACAUUGGCUUCUGUUGCAAGUUGUAAGUGGUAACUCUUUCAACUCGGCCGUGCAAGUUUUAUUGGCAGCGCUGGAACCAUCUUCUCUUCUCUUCACCUACGUUUUUCUUUUUCUCUUUCUCUUUCUCUUACUCUCUUCAACACUUUCUCAAAUCCCUUCCUUCUUCGCUCUUGUCUUCUCUUUCAGAUUAAUAUGGUUUUCUCCUUAAUAUAUGCCGAGUUUCAAUUUGAGUGAUUCAUUAUAUUCUAGAAAGGCAAAGUAUCACACUCUUGUUUGGACUUGACGAGGAAAGCUAUGCUGGCGUGAUCCGUUUACAAUUUCAGUGACUUAGAUGUCUUUGACGUUGGUGCACCUUCCAGUUAAGCAGGAGUUGGAUAAUUGUUGGACAUAGAUGAAAUAGUGAUUGUUAUGUCUGGACUGAUUGAAGGACUUCCUGACGCUGUUGCAAUCAGGUGCCUUGCAUGGGUUCCCUUCUACCUCCACCCAAAGUUAGAGCUUGUCUCUCGUGCUUGGCGAGCAGUUGUUCGUGGCCCUGAACUAUUUAAAGCUCGACAGGAGCUUGGUUCAUCGGAGGAUCUGUUGUGUGUCUGUGCUUUUGAGCCAGAGAACUUAUGGCAGCUGUAUGACCCUCAGCGAGACCUCUGGAUAACUCUUCCUGUUCUACCCUCAAGAAUCAGGCACCUUUCACAUUUUGGUGCCGUCUCCACUGCUGGAAAGUUGUUUGUGAUUGGUGGUGGAAGUGAUGCUGUUGAUCCUUUGACGGGUGACCAAGAUGGUUGUUUUGCAACAAAUGAAGUCUGGUCGUAUGACCCAGUAGUACGGCAGUGGUCCCCCCGUGCGGCAAUGCUCGUCCCCCGUUCUAUGUUUGCAUGCUGUGUUAUGAAUGGAAAAAUAGUUGUGGCUGGGGGCUUCACUAGCUGCAGAAAGUCAAUAUCUCAAGCAGAAAUAUAUGAUCCCGAGAAAGAUGUUUGGAUUCCAAUGCCUGAUCUUCAUCGCACCCAUAACUCAGCCUGUUCGGGAGUAGUGAUUGGAGGAAAGGUGCAUGUCCUGCACAAGGAUAUGUCAACAGUGCAAGUUUUAGACAAUGCAGGUCAGUGGACGGUAGAGGAAUAUGGGUGGCUCCAUGGUCAAAUGGCAGUUAUCAGGGAUGCCCUUUAUGUGAUAAGCCAUGGAUUAAUCAUCAAGCAAGACAAAAAAAUGAGGAAGGUAGUUGGUUCAGCUUCUGAAUUUCGAAGGAGAAUUGGAUUUGCAAUGAUUGGUUUAGGUGAUGAAUUAUAUGUGAUUGGAGGUGUCAUUGGCCCUGACAGGUGGAAUUGGGACAUCAAGCCACUGUCUGAUGUUGAUGUUCUUACACUUGCGAGCGAGAGACCGACGUGGCGCCAGGCAGCUCCAAUGACAAGGUGUGGUGGUACUAUUCUUGGUUGUACACAGCUGAGAAUUUAGGCUUUCACUUUCUAGGCUUAUGUGAUAUGUGUGCUCCAACUAAGGAAUGUGAAUUCCUUCAACAGGAGACGAAGAAUUAGGUUGUUCAAUGGCUUCUUUGAGUUGUUGUAUGUAAGCCAUAAUAUUUGUCCUUGUUGUUUUGUUGACUAUUAUGUGGUAAUAAGAUAAGGUAAUGUUUUCAAGCAAAACAAUGAAGUUCAUGCACUACACUAAACAAUAUUAGUCUCAUUUAUAUUCUUUACUUGAUUCGGGAAGAUGUAUAAGUAUACAAUACUCUAAAGUCUAAACUUAUAAAGGGUACAACCUUACCUUAA